AUGAUAGACAAUAACUCAAACACAAAAGAGCUCUCGCAACUGCAAAUAGAAGAAAUCCGUGGUGCGUUUAACGCUUGUGACCAUGAUGGCAAUGGAACAGUUGAUGCCGGAGAACUUCGAAAUGUUAUGCAGGCUUGUGGUCAAAACCCAACAACAUCCGAACUACAAGACAUCAUUAAUGAUGUCGACAAUGACGGAAAUGGAUCAUUGGAGUUUUCUGAAUUUGUUAACUUGACAAGAGGAAUUUACGAGGAUCCAAAACAGUUUGAAGAAGAAAUCAGAGAAGCUUUUGGAAGAUAUGACAAAGAUGGCAAUGGUGUUAUUAGUCCAUCAGAAUUUAAACUCCUUUUAUCAUCAUUUGGAGAAAAGAUCUCUGAUGAAGAAAUGAAAGAGCUUUUAUCUAGGACAGAUUUAGACAGGGAAGGAAACAUUAGUUACCAAGCUUUUGCCAAGCUGCUCCUUGGAACGCAGAAAACAUAAUUUAGUGAAUUAUCGCGCUUUGGUUUACAUUCGUUAAAAUCAAAUUGCAGAAGAAAUAAAAUACAUUUAAAAAACUGAUUGCUUUCUUUUCAAAUUAUCCACCAUCUAUACCCAUAGGAUGAAACAAAGAUUUAAAACUUGUUAAUUUUUUCCCGUUUUCUACUGAUUUUAUCAAAUAAUAUGUCUUUUACGUUCAAUAAAAUCAAUUAUUCGUUAUUUUAAUGACGUUGUGAAGAUUUAGCAGGAGAAAAGAUGGCGUGUACCCUCUCAUUUCCAGCACCUCACUCAGAAAACUGCAGAGAUUACAACAGAAUGCAGUCAUCAAAAAUUCACCAGUUAAUGCAUUAUUCACUGGAAUGUCGCAGAUUGCCAUG